UUUUCGUUACUCUUUUCAAAAUUUUCUAGUGAAACAGACGUUCCAAAAUUUGUUUCUGAAAACUGUUCAAAAUUUCAAGUCGGUCAAAAUAUUAUAUUUUAAAAAACUAAAAAAAUGAGCUUCAGUAAUCGCGAGACUAUUUCCGUCCACAUCGGACAAGCCGGAAUCCAGUUGGGGAAUUCCACGUGGGAGCUUUACUGCCUGGAACACCAAAUCGCCCAGGAUGGUCAGCUGAACGCAUCAGAAGGUAACUGCGGGGAUGACGGAAACAGUUUCUGUGGGACGUUUUUCCAGCGAACGGCUUCGGAACGGUAUGUCCCUCGGGCCAUUCUGGUCGAUACGGAACCCUCGGUUAUUGAUCAGGUGAAGACUGGUGAGUUCCGCAACCUUUUUCAUCCGGAUAACUUGAUCAGUGGGAAGGAGGACGCAGCGAACAAUUUUGCUCGGGGUCAUUUCCACAUUGGGAAGCAACUGCUGAACGACACCAUGGAUGUCAUCCGGCGAAUGGCCGAAGAGGCCAACAGUCUGCAGGGAUUUUUCAUGUUCCACUCUUUUGGGGGUGGAACCGGAUCGGGCUUUACGUCGCUGCUGGCGCAGAAGUUAGCCGAUAAUUUUUCGAAGAAAUGUAAGCUGGAAGUGGCAAUUUAUCCGUCGCCUCAUAUCUGCACCAGUGUUGUGGAGCCGUACAACUCCGUGCUGACGACGCACAUGUCGAUGGAUCAUACGGACUGUACCUUCCUGGUGGACAACCAAGCGAUCUACGAUAUCUGUAACACGAAACUGAACGUCGAACGUCCCGAGUAUACUAAUUUGAACCGGUUGAUCAGUCAGGUGGUGUCCAGCAUUACGGCAUCCCUCCGGUUCGGAGGGGCACUGAAUGUGGACAUGAACGAGUUCCAGACCAAUCUGGUGCCGUAUCCACGCAUUCACUUCCCGUUGGCGUCGUUUGCUCCGGUGGUGCCGGUCGAGAAGUGGAACCAUUCAACCAUGACCGUGUCGGACCUCACCGCUCAGCUGUUCGAAGCGGACAACCAGAUGGUGAAGUGUGACUUGAACGAGGGCAAAUACAUGGCGUGCUGUCUGCUGUACCGUGGUGAUGUAGUGCCAAAGGAUGUCAACGCUGCCAUUGCCGGUAUCAAGUACAAGCGCACGCUACGUUUUGUCGAUUGGUGCCCCACCGGAUUCAAGGUCGGAAUUAAUCACAAAAGUCCUGUCAUGUUUGCCAAAGGUGAUUUGGCACCAGUGCACCGAGGGGUUUCCAUGUUGGCAUCGAACACAGCAAUUGCGAAGGCGUGGUCAAGGCUGGACCACAAGUUCGACAUGAUGUACUCGAAGCGAGCUUUUGUCCACUGGUUCGUUAACGAGGGCAUGGAAGAGGCAAUGUUUCGAGAAGCGCGGGAAAACCUGGCCGCGCUGGAAAUGGACUAUUUGGAGGCGGAGAAGGAUUGUGAAGAUCAAACUGCGUCAUCGGAAAACUCUACCGAAGAGUUCUGAUUCAGGACUGUGAUAUUUCACCUUUGAGGCAAGUAAACGAAAACCCAGCCGGCAAUCUCACUAUAGUAAUACCGUUUAAAUAAGUUUAUUAUUCUCUUUGAAACUACUCUACGACAGUUUAACGAACCGAUGAAAACUAAUAAAAAAUUUCAAUAUUUAUUUCACUCGCGUUGGCGAGCGCAACAACGCAACAACAAUUUUGUGUUCCAUCAUUUAGUGUUUGAAAGGGUUGAAUUUUUAUCAUUUCAAAGGGUGCAAUACAAUAGCUCAGGUGUGUCCAAUUUUCCUACCAACUGUUAUGCCAAUUGCUGAAUUUAAUAUUUUUUUAUUAUUAUUGAAGCCACAACUGCAUGUAUUUAUGUUUGGUAUAGUACUUGAUCGUUUGCGCUUAGCAUCUUUCAGCUCGAGAAAGCUUUUUUUUUUCUUUUCUGAGUUUGGUUUGUAUUCAAUAGUUGACUUUUGGAUUUGUUUGUUUUCCGCUGCUUACUUGCUAUAUAUAGGUAUAAUUUCUUAGCUUUGUUAUCAUUUUAAUGAGUGUAUAGCUGCUAACGAUCCUACGAUUUAAACGCUAGAAUUUUUCUUUUUAUGGUAUUUUAUUUUAUUAAAUUACUUUUUCAUUCGUCAAUAGUUGGUAUAAGAAGAUGUAUAUAGGCUCUGAAAAUCAAAAAAUAAA